AAAGGAAUGCAGGCUUGUCGUGACCGGUCUCCUCCCUGCCUCCACCUCACAGCCUCCUCCCCAGGUCUCCACCUUUCUCUGCGGCUCCAGAGGGACAGGAAGCAGGUCUCAGUUAUAAACUGGGGGUCAUGGAGCCAGCAAAGAAUAUAGUGAAGAUUGCCAUCCAGAUGAUGGGCGCCUACCCCCAGCUCAUUGAGCUCAACCAGAGUAAACCCCUGUCUGCAGUCCUGAAGGACGUGUGCGACGCGUGGAACAUCAGUAAUGCUGAGCAGUACGCCCUGCAAUACGUGGACGGCCUUCAGACCUACAUCACCGAACUGAACAGGAUGGAAAUAAAGAACGGCAGCAUCCUGAAGCUGACCACUGCUCCGGAUAAGGAGGCCGGCAGCCUGUGUCAGGGGGUUCAGAGCCAGAAUGUGGACGUCCGCUCCGAGUCUCUGAAGAAGCUGGCCGCGCUCUCCAGUGACGUCACAUUCGCUCAGGAGUUCAUCAGUCGGGACGGCCUCUGCCUUCUGUCCCGCACGGUGGAAGAAGAAGAGGAGCGUGGAGAGGUGAUGUCGCACACCCUGAGGGCCAUCUCUGAGCUAAUGGAACAUGGCUUUGUGUCAUGGGAGACGUUCAGUACCACAUUUAUACAAAAGGUUGUGACCUUCGUGACCAUGAAUCUGAUGCUGCUGGAGAUCACUCAGCUCGCUCUCAUCAUCCUGGAGAGUGUGGUUCAGAGUAACACUAAGCUGGCGGACAUGGUGCGAGUAGAGGUUCCUCUGGACAGACUGCUCACCCUUCUACAGCUACCGGCUCAGGAGACUCAGAUUAAAGUGAUGGCGCUCAUUGUGGCCUUACUACAGAAAGUCGGGGGACAAGAGCGAGUGGAAAUGCUGGAUUAUCUAUGGAAAAAGAACAUGCGGCAGUUUAUCCACAAGAACAUAAUCCACAGCUGGCCACAACUGGGGGAUGAAAUGCGUCACUACCUGUACGUGCUGCAGUCCCUCAGUCUGGGCCUAUUGGAGAGUCGGAUGAGGAUGGCCAUGGACCCAAACGACACCGAGCAGCGACAGCAGCUCCAGAAUCUACGUCUCAUGGCUUUUCCAAAUGAAGCUGUUGAAGGAGGUCACAUGACAUCAGAGCAGCGGCGCUCAAUCUGCGCCAAAGAAUUCCGCAAACUUGGCUUUACAAAUAAUGGCAGCCCAUGGCAGGACCUGUGUCUCACUCCUCCUGGACUCCUGACUCUCGACAAUAUGGUGUAUUUCUCUAUACGUUGGCCUAGUGCCUACAGUCGGUUUGUGCUUGAGAAUAGCAGUCGGGAAGACAAACACGUCUGUCCAUUUGCCAGAAGCAGUAUUCACGUGACCCUGAUUCUCUGUGAGAUCCUUCAAGUUGGAGAAACUGCCUCAGAGACAGGGCAGGGUUUCCUGACUCUUUUCUACGCACAAGACCACUUUUUCCAGGAGCUGUUCUGUGUGUGCAUUCAGGUGCUUAAUAAGACCUGGAAGGAGAUGAGAGCCACCCAGGAGGACUUUGACAAGGUGAUGCAUGUGGUAAAGGAGCAGAUUUCUCGUACCCUCGGUCAUGCUCCAACGUCUCUGGACUUCUUUCGAACAAAGAUAUCAUCUCUUAAUUAUAGUGAGAUUCUCCGCAGACGUCAGGAAGAGAGACUGAGCCAGGAUGAUGCCCUCUCCCCACCUGUCAUGGAACUAAGACAGCAGUUACAGCCAGAGCUCCUGAACCUGAUCAGACAGCAUCGGCUUCACUAUCUUUGUGAGGGAACCAAGUUCCGAAAGAUUAGCAGCCGCCGAAGACAGGAUAAAUUGUGGUUUUGUCGUCUCUCUCCAAACCACAAAGUCCUGCACUAUGGAGAUCUGGAAGACAACAUCAACAACCCACCCAUUGAAAUGCUUCCACAGAAAAUUUCAGUUGCAGAUAUAAAAUAUGUGUUAACGGGAAAGGAUUGUCCACACAUGAAGGAGAAGAAUUCUGGGAAGCAGAAUAGGGACCUCAUGGACCAGGCAUUUUCUAUAUGCUAUGAUGUAGACAGCUGCCUGAACUUCAUAGCACCUUCUUCUACUGACUUUUGCCUGUGGCUUGAUGGGCUGAAUUCAUUGUUGGGUCGAGAAAUGCCCAGUGAGCGGACGCGCACUGACCUUGAUCUCCUGCUGAAUACUGAACUCAAGUUGCGGUUAUUGGACCUGGAAAACAUCCCAAUCCCAGAGCAGCCUCCAGCCAUCCCCCCACGUCCAAAGAAUUAUGACUACUGCUACCAAUUCACCUCCACAGAGGCCUGAAUGUCCCUCUGGGGCCCCGUGACCGAGCACAGAACAUGCCAGCACCUGGCAGAGGGACACUUUGGCUUCUGUCUGUGUCCACAUCUGAUAAUAAAUAUGUUAAGAGCA